GAGAGAGAGAGAGAGAGUGGGGGGGCUAGAGAGAGAGGAGGGGGCAGUUAAUCUAAUACAUGUGUCGUGUGAUUAAAGGAAGAGCUUUAUCACUGUUGACAUUUCAGAUGAAUGUGAAGCUCAGAGAAAGGAUAUUAAACACGAGGAAAUCACACGGAAAACAGAGUGAGGGGAGAGAAAGAGUUAAAGUCCAGAUCCAUCAUAAGGAGGUAUCUCUCUCUCUCUCUCUCUCUCUCUCUCUCUCUCUCUCCUCCCCCCUACCUCUCUCGACCACUCGGCUGCUCGCCUCCUCUCUCACCACCUGUUAGUGCGGACCCCUCGUGCUCUGACAUCCACUUGUUUGUGUAGGAAUCUCCUCCACUCACACAAUCAAAGACUCUAUGACGGUGCGGAGAGGAAAGAAGCUCAGUAUCUCCAUCCAAGAACACAUGGCCAUUGACGUUUGCCCCGGCCCCAUCAGACCCAUCCGACAGAUCUCCGCCUACUUCCCUCGCCUAUCCCCUACCUCCCCCACCCCCUUGUCCCCGAACCCCACCCUGUCUCCGAACGCCGUCUCCUCCCCGCUGGCCCUCAGCCCCGGGUCCGUGGCCUCGGGGAUAGGCGGGGCACACCUCCUCUCUCCCUUGCUCGCCCAUGGCAGGCCGGGCGGCGGCGGGUCUCUGUCCCUGACCAGCAGCGUGGACACGUCGGUGGAGAUCAACAGCUCUGACAGUGACGACUGCACUGCUCUGGGAACGCUGGAGUUCGAGCUGCGAUACGAUCAGAGCUCCAGUGAGCUGCACUGCACCGUGCUGCGGGCGAAGGGUCUCAAGCCGAUGGACUUCAACGGUCUGUCCGACCCCUAUGUCAAACUACACCUGCUGCCAGGAGCCUGCAAGGCCAAUAAACUGAAAACCAAGACGAUCCGUAACUCUCUGAAUCCAGUGUGGAAUGAAACGCUCACUUACGUCGGGAUCACAGAGGAAGACAUGCACAGGAAGACCCUCAGGUUGACUGUGUGUGACGAGGACAAGUUGACUCAUAAUGAGUUAAUCGGGGAGUCCCGGGUUCCUCUGAAACGUGUAAAACCUGGCCUGACGAAACAUUUUCACACCUGCCUGGAGCAUCCGCCGCCGCUCCCGUCUCCUACCGCCAUGGGUGAAGCCCUCCGAGGAAUUUCCUGCUACUUACGAGAGUGGGAGAACGAGCAGCUGCACAGCCUGGAGGAGAGAGGUCGACUUCUCCUCUCCCUGCAGUUUUUGGAGGCUACAGACGGAGAGGCGGGAGGAGGAGGAGAAAGAGGAGGAGGAGGUGAAGGCCGCCGCAAUGGGGGCCUCUGUGUCGGCGUGAAGCGUUGCGCCCACCUGGCAGCCAUGGACGUCAAUGGAUUCUCUGACCCCUACGUUAAAAUAUACCUGAAGCCCGACAUACUGAAGAAGUCCAAACACAAAACAGCCGUGAUGAGAAAGACCCUGAAUCCCGAAUUCAACGAGGAGUUUUUCUAUGAGAUCUCUCUGUCGGAGCUGGCCAACAAGACGCUGGAGGUGACGGUGUGGGACUACGACCUGGGACGUUCCAACGACUUCAUUGGUGGAGUCUGCCUGAGCUGCCACUCGCAGGGCGAUGCCCUCCGUCACUGGAUGGACUGCCUGAAGAACAAGGGCCGCAGGGUGGAGCGGUGGCACAUCCUGACCAACGAGCUGCCACGGACCCUCAGCCACGACUAAAACCACCCCCGCGCAGGCGGUCGCUGUCAGGGAUCACAAGGUUCACCGAGAUCCUCGGCUUGCUUUUACGGGACGGACACAAAAAAAAACACUUCACCGCGGGAAUCGGCUGACUGAGAGGAGAGAGGUGUGUUAUAAUAAGAUCCACCAGGGUGUAGUCGGAGCAGCAUGGUGGUGUGCCUUCAUUAUUGAUCAGUAAGUCAUCUGGGCAAAGGACUGUUGGGUCCAUCAGCACCGUUUUCAUCACACCUGCCCCAGACUCCAUGUAAACACCUUUAGAUUGGCACGUGUUAAUUAUGAGGGAUGGAACUCACCAAAGUUAAGUAGACACUUGCAUGUUUUUUUCUCUACAGCCCUCAGAUAUGUCUUGUAAACCAUUUUUUAUCAUCUUGGCUCCCUUUCUGCUGUUUCGGGCAGAAUGGUGCCGUGACCACUGAUCGGCUGACGGCUUAUUUAUUCUUACCAGUUCAGCUCAAGUUUUGUUCAUUGGCUCGACUAUAAUCACAGUAAAUCCUGUUCUGCCAAAGCAUGCUGAGCAACAGUUGAGAGUGUAUGCAUGGACAUGUGUUGUGUUUUAACUUAAGCUCGCUACACCAGCUAUCAGUCAUCUGUUGGUGCACUGCUCACGUUUGCUGGCUGGUAAGCUAAUUAGCCAGUCACCUGUAGCAACUCUCCGUUAAUAUACAGUAGCCGAAAUACGGGCUGGUAUUCACACACAAAACAUUGGGUUAGGCAGGUUUGCUGGAGGUUAACUCCCAAAAAUAAGACCAAUUUUCUAGUAAAUUAUUAUUUCAUUUCACUCAGUCUCAUUCCUCAGUGAGGGAAGGAAUGACCAUGCCUACUCAGCAAACUACUGGACAUGUAAUGGACUUUUUUUAGUCACUGCCAUCCCUUAGCUAGCAAUUAUAAUUAUUGUUAAUAUUGAGGUGAACAUAUGAGUUGAAUGCUGAGUGUAGUUAUACCUUCAGGACCGUGAACACGUUGAGGAGGCUUCAAAGGCUAAACCAAGGUCCAGAGAUGUUUCUGUUUGCAGUGUUGAACGUAACUCAUUGGUACAGCGACACUGGAACAACACUAAACAUGAACGGGAUUCAGGAGACGGCUAAAACAAGGAUUUAACCAAGUAUUACUUGACAUCGUCUCAAAAUGCUGAAAGUACUCGACCAAUUUGAAACGUUUAGCAUUACACAAACAUUCCUGUACUAGCCAACCUGAGAAUGGUAGUUCCUGGUUGAGAGGGCUGUGCUUUCUCAGGUGUUUGGUCCCUGCUGUAGAAACACAGAUCAGAAUUUGUUGUGAAUUUUUAACCCUGGAAAUGUUCCUGAAAAUGAGUUCUUAGGAAACUAAGCAAGUUUUAGAUUUUAUGUUUUAGUGUCCUUCCUAGCUAAACUUAAUUUACAGAAACACACAAGGCAGCUUGAAAGAUGCUAACAACAGUACUACCAUUAGCUCUCCAAGCUACUAUCUGUUUGCUAGCUAGCUAGCUAGAAUGGUCACUAAAAUGACAACAAGAUCCCACAGUUAUUUCCAGAAAAGUAAAACUCUUUGAUUAUCAGAACCCGUCUUUCUGAAGCAGACUGGUUCUGAUAACUUUUCAUCAGCUACUUCUGCUGAGUUCCACCCUCAUAAUGUCAGCGCUGGGGUUUUAUUCCGUGUCAUCCAGCUCUGACUUCAUCAGGGAUGCCAGGCUAAUCAGUUUUCCCAUUUUAUUCCCUUUGGCACAUAAAGAAUAGUAAAACACUGCGCUCACUCACCACGGCUCCAAACUUGACGAUCACCAAAUGUGAAUUCAAUUGAAACGUUUUCAAAUGAUAAUAAUACAUUUUAUCUAAAGGUGCCUUUCAAAACACCCAAGGACACCUUAGAAAGUAAUACAGGGUUUAUGGGAUGAAGGAUCUGUUUAUAUGCCUGUAAUGUCAUGUGAAAGACUUGAUGCAUAUUUACUGUAACUGUGGUUUUGUGAAUGAUUACACUUCAAAGAUCAGGAGCAGACCUCUAGGGCUCAUGGGAAAUUAUAUCCCAUUCAACAACAUGGACAACACUCUAUUACAGGAGACAUUUUAAGCACAUUACGUAUCGCUGAGGCUCUUUUCCAAGGUUGGAUCUCCUAAUGCAGUUUGUUGCAGGUGUUUUUCUGUUUGUUAAAAAGAGAUGUAACAUUUGGGGGCGAUGAUCAUCUGGUCUUUAAAGGUGCUAACAGUGUGUUUCAGUGAACAGGUGUAAUGUCCAAUACUGCAACUUUACUGAGAAAUGAAACAUUCUCCAAUUAUUUUCUAUGGUCAUUUUUCAUUUCUUGACAGAACUGAAUGAACAACUUGUUUUGUGGGUGUGUCAAAACACAAUACCCAUGAGCCUUGGCUGCUACGGAGAGAAGAUUUGUGGUUGAAGUUGUUGCCAAGGUGUGCAAGCCGCAAUUGCUAAACAGAACCACAUUUGGCACCAAAUUUGAAAGUGAAUUUUAAUCUUCAGCCCUUACCGCUCAUUAUCUCACAUCUGAAGCUGUGAUCGGAUGUUCCUCACUGACACGCACCCUGCUUUUCCCUUAAAAUAAAAAUGUAAUGUACACAGAUAUUUUUCACCCUUUGCGCAUGUCCAAAAAGUGCUAUUGUGAUUGCUGUUGUGGGGCAUGUGAACUCGCCAUAUCGGAUCAUCUUAUUUAAAUGAUUUAAUUUGUUUAAACGGUUUAAUACGAAUCACUGAUGAGACAGAAUCAAAGGAAUGAAUUAAAAACAAACCAAAAGUCAUGAAGUCCUCUAGAAGUUUAAGUUUUUUUUUUCCGCUGCGAUCCUUCACAAAUGAUUGCAUUGUUUAUAUAUACAGUAUGCUGCAGUUAAUACUAUACUUUUGAGCUGUUUCAUAUUUUUUUUUUAAAUGAAUUAACUUGAAUUAACUGAAGCCUUUGGGCCUCCGUAUUAAGCUGGGUUACAUCAUUUUCCGUGGUUGUAGGUGAUCAGGAUUUUUACUGCAGGAACCAGGAGCAACUGAAAUCCCCUUUUUUUUUUGUUGUUGUUGUUGUGUUGACUUUAAAUUACCUGAAACCAGCAGCUUCAUCCACCAAACGCGAUCUGAUUUCCAACAGCCCUGACACACAGCUCAUGUUUCUAUUGCACUCCUCAGUAAGACUGUGAAAAAAAAUAAAACUAAGUGCAUCCUGUUGACUGAUGAUGAUUUGUCAGUACAAGUGGUUCUUCCUUGUUGUUGCAUGAUGCAAUAUGUUGAUAUACUUCUUUCUAUCUCUGUACUGCCUGUUUUCUAAUGUUGAAGUGAGACACGAUGAGGCGUUCAGGUAACAUUCUUCUGUUUACAGUGUUCCUGCUCAUCUUUUAUGCACGACUGAAUGUACGAAUGUGGCUUUCUAUACGAUAUCGUUGUUUACACUGAUCUUGUGCAUUACGGUCGUUCUUACAUUUCUAUCAGGUGUUUUAUGUACAACGCAACAAUAAAUUUGGAAUGCAACGCAG